AUCUUUAAACUCGGAACCCUGAUACCCGUGAUCAGAUGCCGCGGUGUUCUUGUCAGAAUGAGUAUGACACAUCGUUAAGAUCUCACUCUCGAGUUGUCAUUUGAACCUCACCACGAGCUAUCGCUGCUUCGCAUAUCAAAACGGACAUGCUUCGCAAUGGCCGAAAUUGUGAGAUCUGCUUCAUGGAAACAAGAUGUAAUCAGGCGGUUGGCCACCGAUGAUGCAGAUAUUUUGCAAUUUUGCCGUCUUCUGGCACAUAUCGACAGCCCGAGUGUGCCAAAGGCCCUUUUCGAUCGUGCUUGUCGCAGUCGUCUGUUAUGGACGGACUCGGGAGAAUUGAAUUUGUUCCCUCCGAGACACAGCAAAGUGCCAAGUUGGUUGGUUCGUCAAUUUGGUACUACAAUAGCCUGGGAAAGUCCUCCAAUCCUGCCACAGGCGAUAAAUAUAGGCCUUGUAUCGACGAGCAAAAACGGACUCUUGGAGUAUCUUCAUCUGAACGAUGAGUGGAGAACUGAGCUGAGAGCAGGCUUGCACCAGGCGACUUCGCUAGAACAUCUAUACGAUGUCUUGGCAGUGGUUAUCCACGCUUUUCCUGAGCAACACGCGGAGAUACUGUGGGAAGAAAUGGAAGAGCAUUUAUGGGACGUGGUUAACUCGACGAUUUUGCCAUUUCUUACAGUCUUGAAUCCCGUCGAUGUCAUGGCCCAUCUAUCAUCAGCUGGUGAUACUUCGGGCCAGCCAGAAUGCUUUCAUGUGUUCCUUCGCUUCCUGUCUCGAAUAUUCAAUAUCCUGGGAGAGAAUUGUCCUUUAUCAGUUCUAACCCUCCACGAACACUGCUAUGCAUACCUAUAUGCAGUAAAAGAGCAGACAAUACCCAGUCAAAGACAUGAACUACCCCGUCAUCUAUUUUUCGCUUCUCCUGUCAUCCAAAAGGAGAACCUUUCGCAUCUGCACAACAAGGAACAAUUGGACGCCACGCAAUUGCCAAGCAGUAAGGAUUCACGAGAGAUUCAGCAGGUCGCAUUACAAGAAGUUCUUCCCUCCUAUCAGUUAGCUUGGGCAGUGCUUGUUCGUAGAAAUCCAUCUUGUACCCUAGAGAUAUUAGCCCGAGCCAUUCUUGAAGGCGUUGCGAGUGUUCAAAAGCUGCUCAGAUUAUUCCCACCUAGGAUGCAUCCGCAAUUAGGCUUUCUUGCCGCAAGGCAACAGUCAUUCGAAAUCGCCUGUGUACUGCUAGAAUCUAGCCUCGGACACGUCAAAAAAGACUUUGGUGUGGUCUCCAUGGAAUAUCUCAUCACUGGGAUCGAAUUGGUGAAAUGCUACAACUUUUUGAUGGAGGAAGUGGAUGGGGAGAAGAUGGCCCAGACGCUGUGGAACAAGGUCUUCCAAGGAGAACCAAAGGUCACUUCUCAUCACCAAGGAUACCUCGCAAUUGUGCUUUCCGACAGCUUUAUCGGACAGGCAAAAUAUGAAGAAGCUGAAAAUAUCUUACCUUCUGUACUAGACUAUGCGGGCGUUUCAAGCGAUAUGAUUGUGUCCACUUCAGUGCGAUUACUGAAGAUGAGCCGAAGACAGCGAAAGGAAAGUCCCCGCUUCGACAUUUGGAAGUUACUGAAUCAAGCUGUCCGAUUUAUCGAAGAGAUCUCCGAUGAAUUGCUGUUCGACUUAGUGGAAGAAGCAAUGUGCCACAUAUCAGUGCUGGAUGACGAUCCUGCCCAAUUGCCUCGUGCGGAGGCCGUCAUGACAAGCCUCGGUCGUAUAUCUCUGGAGCACUACUCUGGACCAGAAACCUCCAAGCGAACCCUCCUUAAUCAUAUUGCCGCCUUGCAACGAUAUGAACAAGACUUCAAGCUUUUUACUGUUACCGGACCGCAGCUUCAUUUCUCACGACUUAUCAGGGAUGGGUUCCCCAAUGCCUCGGUAUCGCUGAUUGAACGUAUCGGAACGGCGAAUUGGAACAGAUUCAAUAGAGUCAAAGAAUUGCCACUUCGAGCAAGUGUCUCAACAGAGGAUGCUUGCAGCAUGGAUGGAAGAACCCUUGCGGGAAAAUCCGAGGGGACUUUUGUUGACUCUGCGCUUGGCAGCUCGCUUCAAACAGCAUCGAGAAGAGCACGAUCACAGAUAUCAUGGCAUUCUGUGGGAUCUGCUAUUGCUGGUAGCUUGGAAAACUUUCCACCAUUGCCCAUCGAAUCAUCAAAAGGAAAAACUUUCGAAUGUCCUAUUUGCUGUAAGAGGUUGCGAGGAAUCGUCAGUGCGACACAGUGGGAACGUCAUGUUUACGCUGAUUUGCAACCUUAUGUAUGUAUUUUAGACCGUUGCUCGUCCAAUAUGACUGCAUUUGGCUCCCGCCUCGAAUUCACGAACCAUAUGUUUCAACACCAAGAUACCAUUAUUUGGAGCUGUGCAGCAUGCGGGGAUGCUCAGGAUGACCUAGAUACCACACGGAAGCACAUUUCUCAUGCACAUCCAGAGAUGAAUGUUGAAUCAGCAGUCGUUUCGGAGACUUUUCGUCGUGACAUGGCAAAAGAGCAAUGUCCGUUUUGCGGUACCGUUCCAGGUGCAGGGUUCAUUGGGCAUAUCUGUCGUCACCUCGAAGAAAUCGCUCUCACGAUCCUUCCGAAAGAGGUGGAGUGGGAUUCUGAAAGCGAGAACAAUGACAGCUCUUCGCUAUCCAGAGAUUCCAACGACGACUCUGAAUUUUUUCUGCAACAGGGAGCAGAAAUUUGGAGAGGAGAACUAGAUUUAGUCGACGACAAGAACUUUUGGACGGAGUUAGAAACACCACACAUGCCUCCCAUUAAUAACAAGUCUUUCAAGACUCUCAAGGUCUCCAAUAAAGAUAUGGAUGGAGGUAUAAAAGCAGGAUCAAAUUCUCAAAAUGAACCGACUCUCGUUGCAAUGGCGGAUACUGGCGGCGACAUGAAUUUCAUAUCCAAAGACUUUGCAGAAAGACAUGAACUUCUCGUCCAGGAUGGGUUCGUACGGCUGCAAGUUUCUGAGCCAGAUGGCACCAACAAAGUCAAAGAGCAGGCGAAGGCACAUGUUGCUUCCAAUACUGCAGCUGCCGUUGAGCAAGAUGCUGUAAAUGCUUUUAAGGCUUUUGCUGCUCAACAACGUAAGAAUGUUGAGACUGCUCGUUUCUCCAGAGCCCGGACUGAAAAUGAAGCCGCACAAAGCUCGCUUCUUACGAAUGCCCGAAAGUUUGCCGAAAAAGACACCACCAGUACAACUUUGCCGAUGAUGGGAGGUGUGAAGCCUCGAAUCCAGUUCGGGUCACUGACACAUGAUGGGGAGGAUGAUAAUGAUGAUGAAUUCGAUGAGGAAACCGUGAAGCAGUUCCAAAAUUCACGGACGAUGGACCACAAAGCAGAUCGCUCUCGCAGUCCUAGCCCUAUUCCAAUGAUGGAAGGAGGUCCCUCAUAUUCGUCUCCAUCUUUCGUACCAGCGUCAUCAGAUUCUUCCAAGCGGUCUCAUCAUCCACAAUCAACAUUGGAAUCUCAUCAAACCCAACCAAUGAUGCAUCAUCUCUCCCCAACCGCGCUCCAGGAAAGAGUUCGCAUAGCCCGGCAUUAUCGUGAACAAUAUGGUGACAGACCGAUGACGCCCGAUACAUAUCAGAUUAUGAAGAAAUUAGCAAGAGAACCCACCAGCGACGAUGAUGAGCCAUUCGCCUCAUCACAAACACCUCGCCCUCGCCCUUCCUAUCCAGAACGAGAACCAGAACCAGCACCACAGCCCGACUCCCCACCCCCGGAACAACCAACAUUCCAACUCCCCCGCAAAAACGCCGCAAUCACCAUCAAACGUCCCGACGGCACUCCAAUCGACCUGACCAAAGCGCGCGAGCCACCCAUCCCCGGCUCAGCCGAAGAUCUAGAAGAGCGAGCCGCGGCAGCAGAAGCGGCGCUGAUUUGUAUAGGUUGUAAUAGGCAGUAUAAGUCGAAGAAGAAGUGGAGGAAACAUGUGGCGUCGCAUGGGAGGGGACUGUUUUUGUGUAGGGCGGGGUGUGGUGAGAGGUUUUAUACGCUGGAGGGGAGGAGCGAGCAUGAGAAUGGGCAUUUUGUGACGAAGGGCGAGAGAUUUUCGGUAACUUGGGAGGAACCAUAGGGAGUUGAGAGCGGGGAUUUGUCAUGUAUUGACUGCGAUACUUGUUGUGAGUGAGAUGGUGGUUGAGGCGGAGGUUUCCAAACCUAUAUUUGCCUUCGAUCAAGUAGGAUAUAAGCUUGGCUGACUAGGUUUUCCAUGGGAUCAAAACAACACUGUGCAUUCUCAAUUUCCUUCCAAGUUCCCUUUCCACUUCCUAAACUCCUUUCCAAAACUUCCCUCCUCCUCUUGUAGUUUCAUCCCAGCUCCUACAUUGAAAGCCGCCAGAUCCACUAACGGAACCAAGCUCGGUCUCCCGUGCGC